GGCCUCGGCUGGCUCCCAGAGCGGUUUGCUCAGCCCCGUCGGCCUUAAUGAGUCUCAGUCGCCUUAAAGUGGCUCCAGGGGAGCGCUCGCCCGACGGAGAGGCGGAAUCGGAGCAGCGGGAGUCGGAGGCCCCGCCAGAGCCCGAGCCGGAGCCGGAGCCCGAGGUCCCCCAGUCGCUCUCGCAACUCGGCUCGGGACUGGAAGCCGAGGAGGGCGGGUCGGACGAGGCUCAUCUUCCAGCCUCCCCGCCCGAGGAGGAGCCCGAGCUGCCCCCGCCGCCCACGCUGCUCUGCCGCACCGACUGCCUGGAGGCGCCGCUGUCCCGCGGCUUCGAGAAGCUGGGCUGGGCGGUGGGCGCGCACCCCUGGCUCUUCCUGCUGCUGUCCCUGCUGCUGACGACUGCGCUGGGCUCGGGCUUCGUGUACCUGCCCCUGGGCGAGGAGGAGGACCUGGAGGAGCUGUACACGCCGGUGGGCAGCCCCGCCAAGGCCGAGCGGAGCCUGGUGCAGGGCCACUUCUCCACCAACGACUCUUACCGCUUCUCCUACUCCAGGCAGAGCAAAGAGGUCAACUUCGUGUCCAUCCUGGUCAUCUCCAACACCGAUACGGUGCUGGACCCGGUCAUCUUGUCAGAAAUCAGAGGCGUGGACGACGCGAUGCAGGCCCUAGUAGUGACCCUGGACAACGGGACCCAGAUCUCCUACCAGGAGGUGUGCGCCGUGGCCCAGGGCAGCUGUGUGUCCCCCAGCACCAUCCUGUCCGCCUGGAAGGCCAACACCAACCUGGACCUCAAGAGUCUCACCUAUCCCAUCCACAACCAGUCGGGCCAGCUCAUGUAUCUGGCCGGCUAUUUUGGAGGCAACACCUUAGGCCAGAGCUUCGGGAUGAACCGGCUGCUCCUGAAGGCCAAAGCCAUGAGGCUGACUUACUUCUUGAAAACCGAGAACCAAGUGGACGAUGCGCGGAGCAAGCUGUGGCUGGCUGAGCUCCUGGCCCAGUUUAACAACAUAACCAGUCGUCUGGCCUUGAAGAAUAUCCAGAUGGUUCACUUCACAUCCCUUUCUAGAAAAUUGGAAUUUGAGUCAACAUCUAGAACAGUGAUUCCUUUGUUUCACUUGGCUUACACUCUCAUGGUACUGUUUGCAGUCGUAUCCUGCUACAGGGUUAACUGUAUACAAAACAAAAUGUGGGUUGCAGCCUUUGGAGUGAUUUCUGUUGCCCUGGCAGUGGUGAGUGGCUUUGGUCUGAUGUUGUACACUGGGGUGCCAUUUGUGCUCAUAGUUGCAAAUUCACCAUUUCUUAUCCUAGGUGUUGGAGUUGAUGACAUGUUUAUCAUGAUUUCUGCCUGGCAGAAGACCAGCCUUGUGCAUAACAUAGAAAAACGAAUGGCCAGUGUCUAUUCAAAGGUGGCGGUGUCCAUUACGAUCACCACCAUCACCAACGUCCUGGCUUUCUAUACAGGGAUUAUGACCUCUUUCAAGGCUGUACAGUACUUUUGCAUCUAUACAGGAACAACCUUGAUCUUCUGUUACUUGUAUAACAUCACCUGUUUUGGAGCAGUUAUGGCCCUAGAUGGCAAAAGAGAAGAAAUGUGUCUACAGUGGGUGAACAAAUCAGAAGAAGAUCCUAACCAGAGGUGUCCCUCGUUAAAAAGGCUGUGCUGUUUCCCACCGGGUUCUCUGGAUGAAGACAAUGUCGACAUUGAAGUCCACCCAAUGAAUUUGUUCUUUCGAGAUUAUUUUGGCCCUUUACUCAUCCAACGUUGGUCCAAGAUUGUCGUGGUGAUUUUGUACAUUGUGUAUAUGAUAUGCAGCAUAUACGGGUGUUUCCAAGUAGAGGAGGGGUUAGACCUUCGAAACUUGGCAAGUGAUGAUUCCUACAUCACCCCUUAUUUUAACGUAGAUGAAGAGUAUUUUUCACAUUAUGGUCCCAGGGUUAUGGUUAUUUUUAAUGAAACUAUUGACUACUGGGAUAAGGAGAGUAGGGCACAAGUGGAAAAAUGUCUGAAAUAUUUUGAAAACAAUGUCUUUGUAGAUAAAAAUCUUACAGAGUUUUGGUUACAAGGAUAUAUGCAAUAUCUGGAAGCCAAUAAACUAAAUGUAAAUGACAAGAAUGUAUUUUUAAAUAAUAUUGACAAUUUUUUUAAAGUUGUUCCAAAUUUUAUGUAUGACAUUAAUAGAAAAUCACAUAAAAUCACUUCUUCCCGUGCCUUCAUUCAGGUCACAGGUGUUUCUUCCUCAACCAAUAAGAAGCACAUGUUAUCCCAGUUUCGAAGCAUAGCCAAAAGCUGUGAUCUUUCCCUAGUAGUGUAUAACCAGGCCUUCAUUUAUUAUGACCAAUAUGCUGCAAUUGUAGAAAACACUGUGCGAAACGUGUUCAUUGCUUCAGCAAUUAUGUUCAUUGUUUCCUUGUUUCUAAUUCCUCACCCACUGUGCUCCCUGUGGGUGACUUUCGCUAUUGCUUCAGUGAUCGUAGGCGUGACUGGUUUCAUGGCGUUCUGGCGUGUCAAUCUUGAUUCCAUAUCCAUGAUCAACCUUGUCAUUUGUAUCGGGUUUUCUUUUGAUUUCUCGGCACAUGUGUCCUAUGCAUUUGUCUCCAGUUCUAUGCCCUCAGCAAACCAAAAAUCAAUCGAGGCAUUGUAUUUGCUGGGCUACCCCGUGUUACAGAGUGCGCUUUCAACAAUGCUAGGUGUGUGUGUGUUAUCUUUGGCUAAAGCUUACAUCUUCAGGACAUUUUUUAAGAUUAUGUUUCUUGUUAUGCUAUUUGGGGCUGCUCAUGGCCUAGUUUUUAUUCCGGUAUUCUUAACCUUUUUUUGAAGGUUUUUUUUUUUUUAUGAGAAAAAGUACACAUUAUGUAUUGAAUUCAAUGAAAUUUAAAAGGCCCUUUAUUUUGCAACAUCUCCAUUUGUUUUGACAAUGCAUUUAGAUAAUCAGAAAUAGAUAUGACUUAUUUGAUGAGUUUUUGUUUAUAUAAAAUGUGUGUGUGAGAACAGUAGUCUCUAAUAAAAGGACAGUAAUGAUGAAAAUAGUUGGACUGAAAUAUUUAAACAUUUACAUAUAUAUGUAUAUAUAUAUGGCACAAUUAAUUUUUAUAGAAUAAUUCUCCAGUGGUUACCAGGACUUGUUUUCAAUAAAAUACAGGCUGCAGGGGGCUAGGUGGUGGUGCACCCAGUGAAAGCACACAUGUACACAUUACCCAGGUUCGAGCCCCUGCUCCCCGCCUGCAGGUGGGAUGCUUCAUGGCUAGUGAAGUUCCUCUGUCUCCUUCUCCUCUCUCAAUAUCUAUCUGUCCUAUCAAAAAAAAAAAAAAGAAAAUGAAAAAUGGUCACUGAGAACAGUGCAUUUGUAGUGCAGGCACCAAGCUCCAGUGAUAAACCUGGUGGCAAUAGAAAAGGAGAAAAAGAAAAUAUUAUAUAGGCUGCAGUAACUACUAAGUUAAAUUAACAAAAUUUAUUAAUGGUAAAAU